AUGGACCCACUGUUCAAAAAAGUACUGUUGCGAACACUGCUUUACUUGUUAUUUCUCCUUCCCAGUGCUUGGCUCUUUCUGCAAGUGGAGUACACGGAGGAAGACGAGGAAGAAACAAAGUAUCAAGUGUUGCACUCCCUGCAAGAAUUCAUGAUAUCUAAAUACAAUAUAACCACCGAAGAGUUCAUUAACUUCUCUCAUAUCGCACACGAGGCCCUAAGUGAUCCGAAACCUAAGUGGACCUUUUCGUCUGCCCUUGAUUUCGUCUUUCAAGCUUGGUCCACCAUAGGUUACGGGUACAUCACUCCUCAAACAUGUUCAGGCAGAAUUUUGUGCAUCAUUGUUUGUUUAUAUGGGAUUCCUAUCACCCUGCUCUUGUUAAAAUCCAUUGGGGAGCUGAUUACCAGCCGUGUUAAUGCCGUAGUCAGACGUUUCGAAAAGAAAUUCUUGAAUACACUGGAGCCGAAACAUAUUCAAACUAAGACUGCUGUUGUUUUGGUAUCGUCGAUGAUAUUGCUGAUGACGGCAUAUGGAUCUUUGGUACCGUAUCUUUUAGGUUGGACUUUUGACGAAGGAGUAUAUUAUUCUUUUAUAACAUUUUCUACAAUCGGUUUUGGAGACUAUGUUUUACAUACUAAAUCCGGAAUCAAAAGUCUCGAGAGAUUAUUUUCAAAAAACUCCUCAAGGCAGGAAGGAAGCAAAUUUAGAGUAGCUCACUCAGAGGAUACCAUUUACUCGGUUAUCCACAAUGUAUUGGCGUCAUUGUAUUGCAUGUUCGGUCUGUGUGUGGUAUCUGGUGUGAUUAAUUCCAUCAUGACUGCCUUGGAAGAAACGAAAAAUCCCCUCACCCGGCGUGCUACUGGAUGCAUCCCUCGAAAAACUCAUAACCACAUCGGGAUAGAUCUAGCCAGUUGUUCGCAGCGUGAAGAACAUGAAGAAAUGCAACACUCAGACGUUCAAACUGUAGAGGGCAAUCUGUCACGGUCGGUUGCAGAAAUAAAAUAA